ACACACAACGCUCCCAACGCCUUCCAUGAACUGAGCACCGCACUACGGCCCAACACACGCCACCAACAACAAACACACACACUUGCAACUAGCAGUGUGCGUGUGCCGGCCACUAGCUAGCUAGUUCAAAAUCGAGCUAGGCAGCUCUUGAGCUAGCUCUCAGCUGCUUCAAUUCUGUCGGUGGAGUUAAUUAAUUGGCCGGAGAGGAUGAUGACGAAGGCGGCCGCGGUGGCCGUGGUGUUGGUGAUGGCGGCGGCGAUGGCGGCAGAGGCGAUGGGGGGUGAGCUGAAGGUUGGGUACUACGAGAAGAGCUGCAAGGGGGUGGAGAACGUGGUGAAGUACCACGUGGCAAAGGCCAUCAAGGCCAACCGCAAGAACGGCGCCGCACUCGUCCGCCUCAUCUUCCACGACUGCUUCGUCAGGGGUUGUGACGCGUCGGUGCUGCUGGACCCGACACCUGAGAACCCAUCGACGGAGAAGACAGCGCCGAUCAACAUCGGCCUCGCCGCCUUCGAGCUCAUCGACGAGAUCAAAGCGGCGGUGGAGGAGCGGUGCCCGGGCACGGUCUCCUGCUCGGACAUCCUCAUCUACGCUGCCCACGACGCGUCGUCCCUCCUGAGCAACGGCCACGUCACCUUCCCGGUCCUGGCGGGCCGCCUCGACGGUGUCCACUCCCACGCGGCGGAGGCCCAGCAGGACCUCCCCGACUCCACCUUCACCAUCGCCCAGCUCAUCCACAACUUCGCGCGCAAGAACUUCACGGUGGAGGAGCUGGUGAUCCUCUCGGGGGCCCACGCGGUGGGCGUGGGCCACUGCUCGUCGCUCCGGGCCCGGCUCACGGCCCCGCCGACCCAGAUCCUCCCGGCCUACCGGGGCCUCCUGGCCCGGAAGUGCGCGGCGGGGCCGGACCCGCUGGUGCCCAACAACAUCCGGGACGAGGACAAGGCGGCGGUGGCGGCGGCGAUCCCGGGGUUCGUGCCGAAGCUGAGGAAAGUGAAUGACUUCCUGGACAACAGCUACUACCACAACAACCUUGCCAGGAUCGUCACGUUCAACUCCGACUGGGAGCUGCUGACGGAGAAGGAGGCGCUGGGGCACGUCAAGGAGUACGCCGAGAACGGCACGCUGUGGGAUGAGGACUUCUCUGACUCCCUUGUGAAGCUCAGCAAGCUGCCCAUGCCCCAUGGCAGCCAGGGAGAGAUCAGGAAGCAAUGCCGCUACGUCAACCACCACUAGCUAGCUGCAGCUUCUUCAUUUUCGAUCUGCCGCUGAGGUUUAAUUUCCCUGGAUUAGUUAAUUAAAUUGCAUCGUCGUCGUUCAUGUCGCUCGAAUUUGAUCAUUCGUUUGUUGUUAUGUUUUAUUCUCCUUUUUUCUCUUGUUUCUUUUUUUGCGUGUGUGUGAUAUUGAUUUCUUUUCAUGUAUGGUCUUUUAAUCCGCUUGGAGUACCAUCCAGAUCAUGUAAUAAGAACACAAACAAAUUAAUGAAGUAAAUUUUAUAUGUUGUUCC